AUGAGUCUUAUUGAGAAGGCUUCAGCUUCAUUUUAAUAAGCUAUUGUCCUCAAUCCAAAUAAUGAAUCUGCAUAUUUUAAUCUAGGUAUACAACAAUUAAAAAAUAGCAAAUUUCUUACAUGAAUUAAAAUAAUUUAAAGAUUCUAUUUCAUAUUAUGAUCAAGCUAUUAAGCUCAAUCCAAAUAAUAGCAAAUAUUAUUUGAAAAAAGGUUAAAUUAUUGUAAGCUUUAGGUUUUAGUUUAUAAGACAAUUAUUAAUUUGAAAAAGCUAUAGCGUGUUAUAAUUAAAUACUUAAUCUUGAUCCAGAUCGUUAUACUGAAGAGUUAUUACUCUUAAAUAAAGGUAACUUUAAACUGAAAUUUUUAGGUGCAUCAUUAGGUGCAAUAAACCGUUAUGAAGAGCAAUUAGCUUGUUAUGAAAAUAUGAUUCAAAUUAAUCCUAGCAAUGAUGAAGCUUAUUAUCUAAAAGGUAUAUUAUCAAAUAUAGAUAAGCUAAAACCCUAUUGCAUUUAAAUGGGUUUAGAAAAUCAUUAGAGUUCUUUGAAAAGGCCAUAGAAUUAAAUCCAUAACAUGUGUAUGCAAAAAACUGUAGAAGUAAUGUUAAAUAUAAAAAGAUAGAUUAUGUUCUAAAACAUUUAACACUAUUUUCAAAAUCUAAAAAUAGUUCUAAAAAGCUGAGUUCUUGUAAAAGUAAAAAGAAAAAAUGA